UGCGCACUGUAGCUCAGUUAGUAGAGCCUCUCCCUUGCCGAUUGGCCUCGUAACCAUAUAUACUCUGUGGACGACUGAUGCAUAGCAAAUGCAUCAUCUUUGAUAUACUUGUUCGACGCACCUUUUUCUGUGUCAAGGCAGUUAAUUGAAACAUGAAAUUUAAAUAUUGCGGUAAUAACAACGCACAGCUGUCCAGUGGGCGAGGCUACACACUUAUGGAGCUACUUAAGGGCUCUGGCGAAUUCUGCAAGGCACAAUAUCACAUCAAAUAAGCAAGAAAGAAGCCUGAUUCAUAUGCCAAUCUGAGUGUGCAUUGUCUUGAGUGUCAGUGUGAAUAGUGGGAGACUGAACUUGGUGAUGGGGUAAAGUGAAGGCGUGAAAUAAGCGGGUCCUCUGUGGCUGCGUUAUCGUCUGCUGCUGCUGCUGCCGCCCUUCUGCUUUGUGGUCUCUCUGGCCAAAGUUGCGCAGGAGAGGUCCCAAUCUUCAGCAGCAUUUCGGCAAAAUCAAAAUUGGGGAUCAUCACCACGUCUGGUGGAGGAAGCUCGAGCUCCUCAUCGUUGCCCCCCUACCAGUCCUUUCCUUCACUAGCUCCAUCCUCUUCAAGCUUUUUACCAUUCAGUUUUUAUCAGUAAAGAGCCAAAGUGAGUCUGUUCUAAGUGUGUGUAUAUAUAGAGCGUGAUUGUGGAACGGUGUAUAAUAUCAGAUUACAGCCUUUUUUUAUAAAUAAGUAUAUACACAUAUAUAUAUAGAAUAUAUAUAUAUUUGUAAUUAUCAAGAAGAGAUCUCACACAACUUCAUCCCAAGUUUAGAGGUCUCCCAAGGUGGAAGGUGCCCAGCCAACCACUUGAGAUUAUCAUUCAUCGCCAUAUUUCCCUAUUAUCAUCUUAAACAACCGUACUUCCAAGCCCUGCAUGAAAAAGGAAACCACCAUUGCAAAAGAGUAUAUAUAUAUUACUGCCCAGAUUGUUUUUUACGAGCGUUAUGAGUGCAAAUAGUGCAAACAUGAGAUCCAAGAGCAUCAGACCCGCCCCCUCAGAAAUUGAAUACAAGAACAUGCGCUUCCUCAUCACAGAUCGACCCACUGAUUCAACCAUGCAGAGCUAUAUUGAGGAGUUGGUGAAGCAUGGUGUACAUGACGUGGUUCGUGUUUGUGAACCAACAUAUAAAACAGAUGAACUCAAGAAAGCAGGAAUUUCUGUGAUGGACCUGGUGUUUGAUGAUGGAACAUUCCCUCCUGCAGAGAUUGUUGAUGAGUGGCUGGGAUUGUUGCGGCGCCGUCACCGUGAAGACCCUGGAUGUACCGUGGCUGUUCACUGUGUUGCUGGCCUUGGUCGUGCUCCUGUGCUAGUUGCCAUAGCCCUCAUUGAGCUUGGACAGCGCUAUGAGGAUGCUGUAGAACUUAUUAGGCAGAAAAGACGAGGAGCCAUCAAUGCCAAACAACUGGCCUAUUUGGAGAAGUACCGUCCCAAGUCUCGACUUCGGCUAAAAAAUGGCCAUAAGACUGGUGCGUGCUGUGUGCAGUAAAAAUUCUUAGUGGAGCAUCAGUAGCACCUGAAAAUUAAAUUUUGUUUAGCGUCCAAUUGGUUGAUUGCCAUAUUGAUGAAUUAGUGAUAAAUUUUGUCAUUAAUUUCUGUGGCAUAGUUAGCAAUGGAUUCAUUGUACUUUCUUUAUACCAUUCAAUUUCUGUAAAGGAGUGUUUGGUAUAUGAUAUCUUAAGUUAUCUAGAUUUAAAAUUUGACGGGACGCUUCUUCACAAAUAUGAAGAAAAAAAUUAAAAAUACCAGAAAGUUGGAGUUCGUAGAUAGUACUUUAAUGAGGCUCAUUAUUUCUCAAAAUAUGCAAGGGAAGUGAGCUUAGGAAGCAAGAUUGGUUUGGAGCUGUCGGUGAAUGCUAACUUGUAUUGAGAGAGCCUCCUAAUAUUCCAGAUGAAAGUAAUGGCAAAGACAUUAUGCUUAACCCCCUCUGUUCUGAUAUAAAGCUCCUGUCUACUAAUACAGUACAGUACUUUAAAUUUAUGGAGUGGUAAAUUGUCCUAGUUAAAUGAAAUAUGCCUUUUGGCCUUGUUACCAUGACUAUACUUGGAAAACUUUCCUGCUUGUAGUAGUCACAGGGGGGAGGGGGGUGGUAUAUUGGAUAAUAAAGCUGCCUUUAAUACCAAAUAGUGAAAUCUUAAAUACAUUGCCCCCUAAGAUACCUAGAACUUGAAAUAUGUUUGAUGGCACGAGUAAACCAGCAAGAGUAUUAGAAGUCUCUCAUUAAAUUUUUUAUUUUAUUUUAAAGUAUGAAAAAUGUGAAAUUUUAAGUGAUGCUUUAGUAAUGUUUAGUCCAAUGGCACGAUGUAAUGGAUCUUUUAAAAACAAAAAGAUAAUGCGUUAUCGAGACAUGGCAUUGCUAACCCGCCCAGGUUGUUUCUGGUCAGACACAUGUGCCUUGACGAGUAUGGCAGUUAGCACAUAUCAUGCCCCGACCCCCUUUGUUCCUCUACUCCAGCUGCAGAAGGUGUCUUCAGACUUUGCAUAAUUAAUUUAAGAAUGCAAUUUUAUAUAUCAUGCACUCUUUAGGAACAAAAUAGUCUGUGCAGGAUUUUAUUAAUUAUGAAUUUACAAUGAAAUGUGAAUUUACUUGCAUGGCAGGCCAGCCUCUGUAACUUCCUGGCUUAGUAACACUCAAAUUUUCUAUUUGUAAACAUUCUUGGACUGACUUUUGAGCAUGUCCUUAGUUCAACAAAAGUAACAGUUAUCAUUUGUAUGAAUAUUUUUAAUGUUUUAAUUCUUAAAAGUCUCUCUUCUUUAAAAAGAUGUGUUCCAAGGGUGGGGGUGGUGUUGAACUGACUGACUCAUCCAUUCUCUUAUCACCCCCUUUCAACACUAUUCACUCCCUAACUGAUAUAACAGUUUGCAUUAAACUUUUCAUAUUUUUAUAAAGAGAUGGAUUUUUUGUAAAUUCUUGGUAAGUUAAAGUGAAUCAUUUUAAUUACCUAACCAAUUUGUUAAGAUGUUUGUAUUUGAAAGCUCCAAAUUGUUGGGGUAUUGACAUUCUCAAAUAAGGAAUUUCAGAUUAGAGAGCUUUUGCUGUAGUUUGUAUUCUAAUUUUUAUCUCUUUUUCUUUUCUUGUUAAUUAAACCUAUGUUGCAUAUUCAAGGGGGGUUUUUGUAUCAUGUAAAUGAAUUUUUUUUAUCAUUUAUUGACCCUUAGAAUUGCAAAAGUAUGUGAUAUAGCAGAAUGUGGGUGUACAAUAUCUAGAAACCUCUCAAUUUUCAAAGAGUCAGUCCCUAGAACAGACGAAGACUGGGCACCAUAGCGCUAACUGUCAGGUGGAAUAAGGUUGAUAUGUGUAUAAAAUCCUUUGAAUUCAGCCCUUGUGAGCAGUUACCACUAUCCUGCCUCGACCCUUCAUUUUAAGCAUCCUAUGCAGCUGAGACUGUGUUGAUGAUUAUGAAUGUAAGUUUUGUUCUGGACUUAUUAUACGUAUGAUUGAGGAGUGAAUGGGUGUUGAUAGUGGAUCGAUGUGUUUACGGAAGUCUUGGCAUCUUCCGAACUCCGGUGCUGUUUUGUCUAGUAGACUAUGGUUAAUGAGGUGAACAUCAACAACAACAUAAUUGACCUUUUCCUUUAUUUCAUUUUUUUCUUUAAUUUUGACCUCUCAAGGUUUUUCUUAACUCUUGCAAGUCCUCUUCCACUAUAUAGCAGGAUUUUUGGAUUCGAGCAACACGCUUUAUUUGCUCUCAUUCAUAAAGGGAAAGUCUGUUUUGCUUGAAACCAGUUUAUCUGAUUUAUUAGAAUGGACUUUGAAAGUGGGAAGAUUUCCACUUUAAUCGUGUUAGUUGAUUUAUUGAGUUAUCCUCAGUUAUUUUUCAUUCCACUUUGAACAUAUAUAAACAUUUAGCAUAAGUUUGUUCAUGGUGUUAAUGUCAUAAACCAAUGAAAUAUACAAUGAGGUCUUCUAUAUCUUGUGUGUUGUCAUUCAAGUCAGCCGGGUAGAUUGUAUCAGACGGUUUUAGGUUAUUAUAAUUAUUUUAAACGUACUUUUUUCAGUUGUAUAUAGAUUUUUAAUAACAUAAUGCUUUGCUGAUUCUUAAUAACAUUUUUCCUUAAAUGCUUUCUUAAUCUUAAAAAAAAAGAAAAAAGACCAGAUUCCUUUUCAAGGUUUCACUCCUUUUGACAAACACGUUAAUGGGGAUUAUUAAAAAAUAAUUUAGUUUUUAAAUUUAUUUUGCACUCUGCACUUUCAUGUUGUUUAGUUGAUAAAAAUAUAAUAACAAUAUAGAGGAGAAAGGCAUGCUAUAUUGCAUCACAAUUUUCCCGGACUGAUUUGACCUGCCUCAGCUCUGUAGUUAUGUAGACUUACAUGGCUGUGAACCUAUGCCAUACUUUGCUAGCCACAAACACCCUACCCUUCUUCUAAGGAGUGCAUGGAAGAUCUGCCAAUGUAAGUCUGAAUGUUGUAUUGCUUUGAAGCAUCUACAGUCAAACCUUGUUUCUUCCAGCCUCAGGGAAUAAAAUAGAAAAAAUUAUAGGGCAUGUUUUCACUGCUUUGGUGAACUUUUGUCGGGGGAUAUAAAGCUGAUUGAGCUGACAAUUAUUCUGGGUUGAAUUAACAAGGUCUGAGUGUUUUUCUUAGUAUGCCAGGGCCAGAGGUGAGCAUCUUCACACCAGGCUGAUGCACAAAGCUGGAGAUAGUGGCAUAUGGCAUUCUGUGUUUGCCAAGAGCAUUGUUAUUUUAAUACUGGCCUCCUGGCUCUGGCAUUUGAAGGCCAUGAUGAAAGAAGCAAAUUCCUAAGUGGUGUAACAAAUAUUUGGCUCUUCAUCCUAGAGUCAAAAUUCAUGUGCAUCUAUGAAGAAUUAUUUCUUUGUCUGUUCCUUCAGUAAGUCAUCCAUGGUGAUCACAUGCGAUGAAGAUGGGAACAAAUUUUUAAGAUAAACUUUUGAAUGUUCAUAAUUAUUGUGCAGAUGGCUGAGAAAGCUACAGCCCACUGAUGUGGGGCACCUAGAGUAGGAUUUAUACCAAAAAUGGGAUGUUUUGAUCUGGGAAAGAAGGAUUUUAUAAUUAGUUUUUCUUACACAGAAAAUGGCUUAGUGGCAUAGCAACUUCCCACAUUGCUUUUUAGGCUGAUGGGAAGCUUUGGAUUUGAUUGAUCUUUGAAGAAUGAAGUUUGCAUUACAGUACUUAGCAAUCUUUUCAGUGCAAGUAUGACAUCCCAUUCUUUGUGUAAACCCUUCCUUGUAGAAGAGAUGAGGUGCUACAUGCACCCUACAGUAGAAUGUAACCAGAACCAUUUUAGUCAUUCGGACAGCCUAUUGUAUCUCACCUUGAAGUGUAUUUGGUUAUGUACAUAAUUAUUAUUAUAGUUUUUUGUGUUAAGUUUAUUCGAAAUUCACCCAAGCAGAAGACAUAAUAGAUACAUGUGUUGAGUUUGCCAAUUUGUAUAAGAUUUUAACAUGGCCCCACAUUUUCUUCUCGAUGUGUAUUUUAAGAUCUAAUGUCUUGUGUAUUUUGGAUUUGCUGCUCUUCACUUUUCUAACUUGGGUACUAGACUGAAGAAAAAGGUACCCUCAUUUCUUCCAGGACAUUUCAUCUUUACCUUUCCUGACAUUUUUGAGGAGCAGCAGUCUUGGCUAUAAAGUUUUGUCCAGAGAAAGAUAAGAAAAGUCAGUCAUGUUACCAUUUCAUGUCUUGACUGAAGGAGACUUAUGGAAUGUAUACUUUCCUGCAAAGGUAUCUAGACAGUGCAUGACAAGCAGGUAGAGUACGUAUUCAAUAUCUUUAACUGUUCAUCAUUAUGAGCUUGGCCACAGGAAAGAAGUGACAAUUACUUCUUUGUUCAGAGGAUUGUCAUAUGAGAGCUCCCUAUCAUUCUCAUUAUGUGAUCAAUCUAGAGCAAGAGAACCUUAUUUUUCUUCAAAUCUUUGUACUCUUAACAGCUAUGGUGCCUAUUUUUAUUUGUUAAAGGCCUGCCUUGCAUUUUAUCAUAUAUUAAAUUUUACAUAGAGCAGUUUUGUUUAAAACAAAUUUUAUAUUGCAAUAUAUUUGAAUUGAUAUUCAUCCCAUGCUGAUUAUCUUUAAAUUUUGUUGUGAUGAGACCAGGGAUUAAUGACUGUUGGUCUUGUCUGCAAUGAGUUUUCCAAAUAUUACAAUUGAAAAACUUACUUGCUGAAUUCUAAACCAAUUGUCACUGCUAUGGAUCUUGUUGCAUGUUGCGCUUUCCCGCAUCACCCCACCUCUCUCCUCCCCUCCCAAGACAGUUUCCUGGCCAAGCCCCCAAGUUUGGCCACAAGAGCGUGUAGUGGCCAGCUCGUCAUUAUUAUGUUGGCGGCCCAUGCGCCAUAGUUGCGCUAGGUGGCCCAUGUGUCAUUGUUGCGUGGGGCUCCUGGUGGCACCUCUGUGGCAUAAUUACUGUGGAGCUUGCCAGGCCACACACAGCCUUUGUAAGUGUCUGUAUUUUUGGCUAACGAUAGCAGUGUGAACUUGUUCAUAAUAAAAUAAUGGUUUUUUGGUAUAA